AUGUGGCCGGAUGAGAGCGGAACAAUGAUCAUAACAGCCGGCGCUUAUUGCCGUGGAAAAAUGCCGCCUGCCAGUGGACUGUCGCUUGACAACUAUGACUUGCCUUUUCUGGUUGGCGCUUCUAGAGGUAUUCAGUCGCUGUGCUGCAUUAUUGAGCUGCUUAUGAUCUACUCGGAGUCGGGAUCGCUCAGCAUGUUUGCUUUUCUCUGCUAUUCCAUCCUAUGCGGUUUUGCUCUGUUUCAUCUUUCCAGAAGAUGGUACUACAACAUUGAUGGUCGCUACGAUUUGAAGCAGUUCAUCCGUGAAAGUGAACCGACAGUUCGUGUUCAAUAUGGCUUUGGUGAGUGUAUCUCAGCUACCAUAUCUCAGGCACGGUCAACCGCAACUUGGCUUGAUUUCAGAUAA